UCUCCCAAUAGGGAUGACACGUUAACAAACUAUAAUCAUGCGCAUGUAAACAUGUAAAAAAAUAUUUAAAAAAUCUAAUUUAUAUUGUAUUAUAAAUAAUUGAUUUGGAACGACCGCAAACGCACGAUUCUCUAUUCACAAUGGAAUGGAUUUUUUUUACUCACCAACAGACACGAUGAGCAAACCCGCUGCCUCCGGUGGUCCUUCACUUCCCGACAUUGGGAGACUGGAAAUAUCUCGCAAGAAGUACCCAGGCACGAUCUUCCAAGUUCUGGAAAACGUGAACGGCAAACUGAAACUUAAGGAGGACGAGAUCAAGAAUACCAAUAGCCUAAUUGAUGAAGUGGUUAAAAAGGAUUUGAUUGAGGGCCUAAAGAAAAAAAGCAAGGCCUUCGAGUUGAUCUACCAAAAAAUCGUUUGGACUGGCAGCUCUUACGAAGGGCUGAAGAUUUCUCAUCCUGACGAGUUUGAUUUGAACAUCGUCCUUCGCUUCCCUUUUAAGAGCGACCUCAUCAAAAUGAUUGUCUUUAAGACAGGACCAAAGAACUGGUACCCAAGACCACCAGGAAGCUCAGAUCUAUCCCGGACAAGCGCAAACCCUCAAAAAAAGCAAUAUAACAAUUUGCAGAUUUCUCCGCGAAAUGACGUCCCUGGCUUCGUGACGAUUAAAAAUUUCAAAAAGGCGCUGGACACCAUUGAAGCUGAUCCAAAAUGGAGACCGGCUUACACGGAGUUACUGAAGUGGGCUGACGACUCGGGCAAUUUGCUGACAAACAAAGUCCGCGAAUGGAUGGAAAGCAUUGUUGUCAAGUUUUCGAACGAGUACAAUGUGGGCAAACCAGAAAAUAAGAAAAUCAUCGUUCGCAAAUCAGGACCGGCAAUGACUCUUUGGUUGGGCAAGUUGUCCAUUGACGUGGUGCCCGUUUUUGGCUUCACCUCGCCUCCACCAAGCCCAAUCAGGGUUCCAAAGCCCAUGAAUAGGGAGUGGUUCAUCGUGCCCAAGCCACUGAAAGGACAGACAGACAUCAAAGAUGCCUGGAGGGUAUCCUUCUACGAGUUUGAAAAGGAUAUCCUGAGGGACUAUGGAACCAUCAAACCAGCGAUUAAGCUUAUCAAGAAACUGAGGGACACGCAAGACUGGAAGAGUCUAUACAGCUAUGCCAUUAAAUCAGCUGCUCUGUGGAUGAAAGAGAAGGGCGAGCUGAGCGCAGAUGAGAAAAUUGACAUUACAUUCUUGAAACUGCUGAAAGGUAUCCAAAAGUACUUGGACACGAGCUUUCUUCCAUUCUACUGGGAUAAGAGAGCUAACAUGCUGCGAAUGAACGAUGUUGAGAGAAAGAAUCUGGCAAACAGGAUUGCCAGGCUGAUCAUAAAAAUCGAGGAAAAUUGGGUGUCAAACCCAUCCUACAUUGGGGAGCUUAUUUGUAAGCUUGAAGGAAGAGCAGAAAGAAGGAUUAUGAAUUUAUUCUCUUUAAACGUUAUUAUACUCGCCGGUCUGCUGUUGCUAGCGGCGUUUGAGUUGCCGGCUCUAGCCGACGCAAAGAGAAAUAAGAAAAAGGCGAAAAAGCACCAUGGAAAAUUAAAUCCGUUUUGCAAGGUUGAGACUAACGAGGUGCUCUGCGACAUCAUGGGCAACACAGCCGCCGCACCUGCUGAGGUCCGACAGGCCCCUGCUCUACCCGAUUUGGGCAGACUGGAAAUAUCUCGCAAGUAUCCAGGCACGAUCGUCCAAGUUCUGGAGAGCGUCCUUCGCAAACUAAAGCUGAAGGAAGACGAAAUCAGGGUCACCAAUCGUUUCAUCGACGGCCUGGUUAAAAAGGAUUUGGUGGAAGGUCUAAAGAAGAAAAGCAAAGCCUUCGAGUUGAUCUACCAAAAAAUCGCGUGGACUGGCAGCUUUUAUGAAGGGCUGAAGAUUUCUCAUCCAGAUGAGUUUGAUUUGAACGUCGUCUUCCGUUUUCCCUUCAAGAGCGACCUGGUCGAGAUUUCUCCGAGAAGUGACAACCCCGGUUUUGUGACAAUCAAAAACUUCAAAAAUGCUCUGGACACCAUCGAGGUUGAUCCAAAAUGGAAACCAGUUUACAAGGAGCUGGUGAAGUGGACCGAUGAGUCAGGAAAUUUGCUGUCCAACAAAGUACGGGACUGGAUGGAAGGCAUCGUGAGCAAGUUUGCCAAUGAUUACAACGUCGACAAACCGGCUGAUGCGCAAAUCAUCGUCCGCAAAUCAGGGCCGGCGAUGACUCUUUGCUUGGGCAAGUUGUCCAUCGAUGUGGUGCCUGUUUUCGGCUUCACUUCAGUUCCACCAAGCCCAAUCAGGACUCCAAGGCCCAUGAAUAGGGAGUGGUUCAUCGUGCCCAAGCCACUGAAAGGACAGACAGAAAUCAAAGAUGCCUGGAGGGUAUCCUUCUACGAGUUUGAAAAGGAUAUCCUGAGGGACUAUGGUACCAUCAAACCAGCUAUUAAACUUAUCAAGAAACUGAGGGACACACAAGACUGGAAGAGUCUUUACAGCUAUGCCAUUAAAUCAGCAGCUCUGUGGAUGAAAGAGGAAGGCAGGCUGAGUGAAAAUGAUCGGACUGACAUUACAUUCUUAAUACUGCUGAAAGGAAUCAAGGAGUACCUAACAAAAGGCUUCCUUCCAUUUUAUUGGGAAAAUACAGCCAACAUGCUGCGAAUGAGCGACGCUGAGAGACAGAAUCUGGCCAACCGAAUUAGCAGGCUGAUCAUCAAGAUUGAGGCGAAUUGGGAGACAAACCCAUCCUUUAUCGGCGAGCUCAUUUAUCCAUUGGACUAAUUCCUGACUGUAUUUAUAUAGCUUAUUUUUAUAUACAAUUGACCUUUUCUAGAAUUUUAUAUAGUUGAAAUAUGGGUUGAAGUUUGCAAUAAAAAAUUUAUUUUUUUAUUUUAACAAAAAUAUACUUUAAUUUUUCAUCCCUGAUGGAUUAAGUAA